AUGGCGCAGCCGUUGCUGCAGGGGCAGGGGCCCGAGGGCGAUGGGAGUUACUACCUUUCACAGGACCAUGCAGGCUCGGAUUCCGCAGGCGCCGAGGCCGGUGCGCCUUCAGUUGGCUUAGGCUCUGCCGGCCGAGAGCCGGUUUUGCACUGCCACGUCCCUCUCGUCUUGCUUCCGGUCUCGAUGACCCCUGCGGUUGCGCUGCACCCUGAGGUGCAGUCUGUGGAUCUUUACGGGAAUGCGAAAGCCAUGGACAGCGGCCAGGGCUGCUGCGCGUAUCUUUGCGUGCGCUCUCCCGCGCCGUUUGACUGGGUCCCCUUCCUGCACGCCGCGGCUCACCGCAACGCCGCGUCUUUCGUGCAGAGUGCGUCGGAGGCUGGAAGGCGGCUGUCCGCGUCGACGGCGGCGUCCCCCGGUCGCGCGGCGUCAGCCGUCCCGCCCUCUGCCGUGGCGAACCUUCACCUCGUGGCGGGCGCAGGGCCGCCAGUAGGGACGCCUGCCAGUCUGCUGACCAUGUUUGGAAACAGCCAGCUGAUUUUUCGCGCCGUCCGCGAAAUCAACCGGGCGCACUCGGGGUUCUGGCAGAUAGUCACGGUUCUGCUCGUUCUGCUGGUGUUGUUCGUCCCUGGCAUCGGCCUCGUUGUCGUGUUCGCCAUUGGGUGCUCCUCGGCGCUCAGGAAACUGCUCGACGAUGCUGCGCUGCAGCGCAUGCGAAACGCUUGCGAGACCGUCAAUCAGCGGAUGGCUGCCUUUGGCCUGGGCUUUCUCCUCAUGGAGGGAUUCGGACCCCACGACCCCGUCGACCUCGAGCACGGCGCCCUCGGCGCCGGCGCCGCUCUCCCAGAAAAACGCAUCUGGGUCCUGCGCGUGUACAUGCUGCCCCGGACUGAAGACUACACGCCUGCCGCUGCCGCGGCGGCGGCGGCGUCGGCGUCUCCCAGAAGCGGCUCAGGAGCGGCUCGCGGCGAAGAAGGCGCGCGACCUGCCCGCCAGGCAGAGGCGGCGCCCAGGCCUGACUCCGGCGGCGGAGCCGCUGCGAACGACGCGCGGGAACCCCGCGCGGCCGCGGCCGCUGGAGAAGACGAGACAAGCCGGAUGGAAAAUGGCAGCGACGCAGGGGGCGGCGCUGGGCAGUCGCCCAGCGCGUCUGCCCUCAAGCAGCCGCUGCUCUCUGAGCACAGCAAAGGGGAGCAGAGAAAAGGCGGCAGCCGGGAAUUGUAG